AUGCCGAUAUCGUUAUGGCUUAGGUCAAUUUGCGGAACAUGUGGAAGCCAAGGAUGGAAAAGACUACUUGUUACUUGCUCUAAAUGCCGUAUAGCCUGUGAACACCGUUACUGCAUGAAGGAACAUUCAUUUGAGACAUCAAUAGGUUUUGUAUGUGCUGAUUGUUCGAUGAGACCUGUUCAAAACAGCUUCGCUUCAAAGUCGCCCAAUGCAGCCCCUCAAAGUCAUAGGAACAAAGUGCGGGUUGAAUCUUCAAAUCCAGUUCCCAGAUGGAAGAAAAUUCCUGAAACAUCAAGAAUGAAGUUAAUUUCUCCAGAGGAAGUUAGAAAACUUUCUUGUGGAGGCAGUAAGCCAACUUUUAAAGUACCAAGACCUGUUCCAGCUCGCUCUCCGAUAGGUUUAACAAAACAAAAUGUUUGUUUUCCAAGAGCUAGGAGUCUGUAUUCUACAGUUGUGGCUAAAAAAACCACUCCAAUUCCCCUUUCACCUAAAAAGGUUGAGCAUCGUAGUCCGCAUACUUUGCAGAUUCGUUCAGGAGUCAUACGACAAGCUUCUAAUGCACAAGUAGUAGUAGAAGGGUCAAAAUCGAAAGUUGGUGGUGGAGCCAAAGAUCUUGGUUCAAAAGAGAUAUGCCGAUCAAUCUUAUCAGAAAAAUUGUUGCAAUUACUUCCAUAUCGACCAGCUUUGCACACCACUUGGAAGGGACGCAUUGUGGAUUCUGCUACACCAUCAGCGUUUAGCGGCGAGUACUUGGCUCAACCAGCUUCUGAAAUCCGUGGGAAGGCGUACAAGCUUUCAAAGAUGAUUCCUGUCAUACUCAAGGUCGAAUUGGUUCCUAUAGGCAAUCUUUUGAAUGAUUUGUUUGUGAACAGAAACCCAGCGCUUACAGAUGUCGAGAUGUACAUUUUCCCAGAUAACAAGAACACAAAAAGGUUUAAGGAGGAACAUGUUCAUCUCUUUGAGAUCAUGAAGGCUCGCAAUGCCAUGAUCAGAAUCAACAUCAAGGACACACCAUUGUUGAUAUUCUCUUCGAAACAACUGGACAAGUCCUCCCAGAAUAUCAUUCAGAUGCAGAAGAAAACAAAUAACUUUCUUUGGGGGAUUUUUCUCGUGACGAAAAAGGCAUUAGCACUUGUUCCCGGGACUUCCAAUCAAACUGCUAAACAUUCUGAUGAUGGAGAUGUGGUUGACAAUGGCACUAAACCUCAAUUCAGAUAUGCAAACCACUGGAAUUCUGGGAAGCAGUUGCAGAGACAUUAA